CCUAAGCCAAUCUUGGUUCAGCAACAUCUUCGAUUUUGACGUCGCGAGUUUCCACCGAAUUUCAAUUCCUCACUUUAACAUAUACACCAAUUGAACCACCCACUCUUCAAUUGAAUUUGACUACCACGAUGCGACCUACUCAAAUCCUAUUCGGCGGCGGCGAAGCCCCCGUCGGUAAGCACGGAAAGUAUCUCGGUGGCUGGGGUGCCUUCGGUGGGCAACCGCAAAAGGGCAUCAUCAGCUAUACCCUCAGCGCAAACAGACAGAACCCCUUCGCCGGUGCCGCACAUGCUGCUAUCUUCAACACCUGGCGACGAUUCAGCGCUCAGGUCCUCUACUUCGCUCCCCCACUACUAUUCUUCUACUACGCCAUGUCUUGGGCUACCGACCGGUACGAUUACUUCCCAAUACGUCUUAAUAAUAUUAUGGUCAUUAUUGAGCUUGGACUAACGGCAAGCAGAAACCACUAUCUCAACUCCAAGGCCGGCCGCAAGGAAUUCGCCGACAGCGAAUAAGGGAUCUAAUGGAAAUGAAUGGACCAUAGACCGGGGUUAAGGGGUCGAACGUCGUGUAGACAAAACCUUGUAUACCUACAUCGAUAGACUGGUGCGCAAGAAGCCUAGCAUUAUCAUUCCCUCUGUUGAAGAAUUCAUUGCUGUUACAAAGUCUCUAAGUUUGCACACAUCACGAGAUAUUGGAUUGUAAUAGUUAGCUAUGGGCGUACCAAUUCAACUGAAACUAGUCCUAGCAUAGCUUGCAAUAGAGUAAGCCCAGCAUAGAAGAUUCAAACUCUAGGACUUAUUCUGAUAUUUUCUU